UUAGGUUUAGUGGUUAUACGUGUCGUCAUUUGUAAACAAUAACCAGUCAACAAAGAUCGUUUCUAUGUACAGAUAAAAUGCGAAGCGAAUAUGAAACGCGAUAAUGAGUUCUUCCGACAUAUGCUUUUUCAUACUUCGACUUAAAAACAAGUGCAGCUGAAGCUUACCAGUUGCUUCUGGACACUUAUCGCGAAGCUGCUCCUUCGGAAAGAGCACGUAGAAAAUUAAUGCAACGUUUUAAAGGAGAUGAUAUUAAAGUUCAAGACAAGAAACGUUCAGAGUAGCCGAGAAAAUUUGAUGACGAGGAACUACGGGAGUUGUUGGGUGAAAAUCCGGCAUAGACGCUCAAAGAAUUGUCAGUAGCUCUCGGAGUCGACAAAUUAACCGUUUCGAGGCGGCUACAUAGGGGAAGUCCACGAAAAAGGAAAAGAGGUGCCUCGUCGAUUAUUAGAAAGCUCAAAAUUGAAUCGCUUGAAUAUUUGCAUUUCCUUGCUUACUAAACAUAGGAAGAAGAGUUUUUUGUGGCUGGGGACGAGAAAUGGAUCUACUACGAAGAUCCGAAACUGAAUGCACCCAAAUGUAGAUCGAAUUAGUUUAGGGAAUUCUUUAUAUCAUCGGUUGGAUGCAUGAUCCGUUUGGAAAUCCGAUCCGACUGUCGUAAACGUCCUUUGUGUAAACAUUUGUAGGCGCUCGAAUGCCAACAGGAAUAAUUGUAAAUAGUGCCUAUAAGAACGUUCAUAGCACAUGAGCGUUUAAAAGCCACUUUGAGGGUCAUUUUGACUUAUAAAAUAAAUACGUGCAUCGUGCGUCAACUAUACGGCAUACAUUUAAUGUUUCUCUUUUAAUUUUUUUUACUGACUACUCUGCUCGGAGUAUAAAAAUAAUAAAUAAAUAAGGAAAAUAAACAUGCAGACCGAUAGUACAAGUACAGAUACACGUAAAAGAAAUAACAAAUAUUUCACGAAUCAUCACAAGAAACGUAAAUUAUUUACUAUAGAACCAGGUAUGACAGGAUUCUUAUGCACAUGCAACUUUAACGAGAAGGGCUGUAUAACUGACGCCUACAAAUUGCUUAAUCAGUUUGCAGAUGAGGAUGCUAUGUCGAAGAGAGUUGAGGAACCUAAAGUAUCAGAUGCAUCAGAUACGCUUGAUAAAAAAGAAGAUAAAUCUUCCUCAGAUUUUGAUAAAGAAGAAGAUAUAUCGACAGCUCUGGAGAAAGAAAUCGAUGAGCUUAGGACAAAGUCUGAAAUACCGUUGUAUUCUCGGAGAUUUCAGGUUGUAGACACAAAUGUUAAAAAUAUGAUUUUUAUAAAGAGUACCUUACCAAAACCACUAGAAUUGGUAACCAAAAUUGUUACCGAGUUGGAUGCAACUAAGAAACAAUGCACAAGAUACUUAUUGAGACUACUUCCAAUUGAAGUGGUAUGCAAAGCAUACAUGGAUGAUAUAAGAACAAAAGCUAACGUAUUAUUAGAAGAGUAUUUUUCCCAAGAACCUAAGACAUUUAGCAUUGUGUUUAACCGUCAUAGUAAUAAUAGUAUUAAAAGAAAUGAAAUUAUUGAAGACUUGGCAGAAAUAAUUUCCAAGAAAAAUCCAGGGAACAAAGCUGACUUGAAGAAUCCAGAGAUAGCUGUGGUCGUUGAAGUGAUACGCGGACUUUGCUUACUCUCUAUUGCUCCUAAUUAUUAUAAAUUUAAGAAGUACAAUCUCAUUGAAAUAUGCAAUAGUACAAAAAAUAAGGAAUCAGAAAUAAAAGGUGAUGAAUCAGAAAUAAAAGAUGAUGAAACAGAAAAGGAUGAAAUAAAAAAUCCUUAGGAUAUCUUGAAAUAUUCGAGAAAAAAAUAACAAUCGAUAAACAAAGAGUUCUAUGGAAAAAAUCGAACGAUUACGUCAAAAACGUAACGCAGGAAAUAAAGAGGUCUACUGAUGAAAAUAAACAUAUUCAUGCGUAUUAAAAUAUAUAAAUUGAAGAAAAAAUACAGUUUUGGGGCUUGAAUUUGAUUAUAUAAUGUGUAAAACGCGUUUAUUUUAUGUUAUGAAAAUGUAUAAAUAAAAGCUAAGCUGAUAAA